AUGCAUGGGCGGGUGGGGUGGCAGGAGGGGGGCAUGGGAGGUGUGGGGGGCGUUCGGUGCACACAGCCGCGAUGGCGGCGCCUUUGGGCGAUGCGCGUGCUGAUUGCGGGGUCAAUCGUGGCGGCGUGCCUGGGCGAAACGGCCGCAGGCGACGGGAGUGGCGAUCGGUUGCCGCCCAAGGGACGCCUCUCGCUCGAGGACUCCCUCUCGAGAGGGAGCCUCCCAAGGCUGUCGGCGGCCUCGCGCGCCGUCCUCCAAGCCCGCGGGGGCUCCGUCAUCCCUGAGGACGCCGCCGGACUGCCCUUCCUGGCGCCCGGCGGGGUUGGCCGGGGGGUCCCCGUGGGGGCUGGCGCACUGGAGGGGGCGCCCAAAACGAGCGUGGUGUUCGAUUGGGAGCGGCCAGGCUGCGCGAUGCUGCUGCCGGUGGUGGAGGGGGAGUCGGGAACUAGGGUGACGGGAAGGGUCGUGAACACACCGUACCAAGGGGACGUCGAGUGGGAAAACCAGGGGGGUUUGGUGGCGAUGGAGGGGAAGAUGGAGCUGGGUUUUCGAGAAACAUGCCCUCAGGGAGCGAGGGAGCUGCCAGGAUUUCUGAACAAAGCCAAAUUCUUGUCAGAAAACGACGAAGGCGUUAUUGUGCAUCCUACAUUUGGGGGCGUCAUUCAUGGGAACGAAAACGACGUGACAUUCGAGAUAAAGAACUGGAGGAUGUCUGCUCUCUCAAGCAGUCCCCUCCGUGUGGCAAAUGACCAGUUUGGACUGGCAGUUUCGCUGGCCUUGGAUCAAACAACACUAGUGAUUCAUAAUGGAACGGAGGACAAGAGCUGGGACAUUUCCAGGCUGAGAGCAACUGCAGUGGGCAAUGGCAGGGUGUUGGAACAGGAUGGUGAGAUGCGCCUAAAGAUCACCAAUCUGCCCUACAUGCUGGACACUGACCAGCUGGAGCGGAGGGGCAGGCCGCCUGUGAGGCUCAUCCUGGAGUUCGUCUCCAACAUCACCACAAGGGUCGACCUGCCUCUCGAUCCACCGACCACACCGGGCGGCAAUCGCACUUCCACAAUUGGGCAGGGUGUCAAUGGCACCGCCUCAACCGAUGCGCAGGCCGUCAGCGGAAGCGAGGUUUCGGUUCAAAACUUUACAGAGGGUCCCGUGCUCUUUCUUUCUGAGAGGGACCUCACCCUUGCGGCAACAACGAUGGUCGCGCCGGUGUUUGCGCUGGCGGUGCUGGGCAUGGUGCUGACGCUGGCGACAUUCUGGCACCUGCCCACUCUGCGAGCCUGUCUCACACCGCUGGACAAGAAAUUGCUGCGACAGGUGACGGGCGCGAUGGAGCGCGGCGUGAGCAUGGGUUCCUUUGUCGGAGGUCGUGUGCGCGGCACCACCGACAUCGGAGGUGGUGCGCCAUGGACAGCCAAAACUCCCCGGACGUCCUUCGACAUGGGUGCUUCGACGGUGGACAUGGACGUGGGCAGGUCGACGAUCGUGGGGACGUCCAUCUCACGAGGCUCGCUCACCUUCCAGGAGUUGAUGUGCUCAGUGCCGGUGAGGCGCAGCGCGUCCGGUGCCAAGAACAGGUGGGGGGAGUUCGACAAGGCGGCAGUGGUGCGGCGAGGGCCGUUCCAGUACAAGGUCAUCCUGCAGCCCUGCAGCGGAACACUGAGAGGCGGCGAGAUCACAGGUGUGCUAGGGCCAGCUGGUUCUGGAAAGAAGGCCUUGCUACGCAUAUUGGCAGGGGACCUUAAGGACAUGGACAAGGAUGCAGUGGUACGAGGUUCCGUUUUCACCUUGGGAUCAGGCUCUCAGAACUCGAAGGUCAAUGUGGGGUUGGUGACUGGACAGAGCGAAACGCUUAAAUCGAUGACCGUGGCUGAGGCGAUGGUUUACGCAGCGUUGUUAAAGUCGAAGCCUGGAACGGAGCUAACGUUAAUAAAGCAACGUAUUCUCAUGGCAUCAGAAGAACUUCAGCUCACGCCCUUGAUGUCGCGAUUUGUGAGCGGAGGAAAGGGGCUAGACGGGGCGGAACGACGGCGGCUGAUGAUAGCCUGCGAGCUGCAGCUCGAUCCGGACAUUUUGAUGAUAGAGGAGCCAACAGCAGGACUGUCGGCUCCAGAUGCAACAAAUGUGAUCAAAUCACUUCGUCAGGUAUCUCGCUUUGGGCGAGCCGUCCUGGUGUCCCUCAGCCAGCCAUCCAACGACCUACUGGCGUCUCUGGACAACACGAUGCUGAUCGGCCGCGGCCACGUAGUAUUCAACGGGCCCACAUCCGACGCGUACAGAUUCUUCGCCAGCGCCGCGUGCCCGCCGCCCAAGCGCAGCGCCUUUCUGCAGCACGCCAUGAAGGCGCUCUCGGGGCCCUCCACCCUGACCAAACUGAUCCAGGCCGCCGGGAGGAAAGAGCACCACCUGCAGGGGCGGGACCUCAUGCCCGCCCUGUCGUUCAAGGUUGUGGAUCAGAACAGUUGUCGCCGCAAGGCCGACCAUGAUCCCACAUCCAAACUGAAGACCUGCGGCCCGUACACAUCAGUGCCUGCCGUACAAGACAAAGCUGACGGAGCUUGCCGCGGGCAAGCGCCCAAGUUGUCUCCCUGCGCGGGAGGUGCCAUCCGGGGGGGCACAAUCGGUGGCGAUGGUCUGCUGCAGGCCAAGGGGGCCCAGUCCGGCCGAGAGCAGACGGACAUGGCGGAGGAGAGCGACCCGUCGUACACCAGAUACGACGCCGUCGACGCCUGCGCCCACCUGCGGCACAUCAGCAACGUCAGCUCGCAGUCGAGCCCGUUCGCUGGAUUCGAGUUGAACAACGGCCUGGUGUGGCAGUCGUCGCGGAAGAGCCUGGAUUCGGCGUCCGAUUCGUCUGACCUUCCCCUGGACUCGUCGCGCGCAGCCGGGAGUCCAGAAGACGGUCGAAGGGAGGCCAGGCUGUGCAGCGCUUUGGAGAUGCACACGCCCUGGGUCCGGGGAGUGGAUCGAUGCGACUCCGGCGCCGCGCUCUUGAGCAGAUCUGCCUGUCCUUCCUCCUCCACCUCGCCCCCCGCCCGUCGGACGUCUUCCAGGUUCGAGGAGCUGCCGACCGUCGUCCCUCCGCGCGACGAGCCCGACGAACGGGGUCGUUCGUCCAUCGACAUCGACAGAGGUAACCCCGCGCCGCAGCUGCCUGUCGACGACAGCAGCUUGAGCUUCGACGACGACGCGUGCAAGGUGCAGCUGGAUUGCCAGACCUCCGGCGACCUUAUCGAGCUGGUCAGCAUGAAAUCGUUGAAGAGUGACCCGCCGUGGAGAAGGACCGCGCUGCCGGACGUUUCAGGCAUCCCUGAAGCGGCAGGCUCUUCCCAGGCUGGACAGAACCUGGAGGACAGUGCCCAAUUUCCCUGGAGGCCAGCGCGAAAGUUCCCCGGCAGGGGACGCAGCAUGAACCCGGGCGUCGGGUUGCAGCCAUCUUCGCCGCUGAAAAUCGGCCAGGGGCCCUUCGGGCGACCGCCCAUCAAACCCAGGGUGUCCCCCAACGGGAAAGGCGCGUUGGGGGGAGGUGAACCGUCGUCGCAGGCAGAAGCGCCUCUUGCUGUGGCGCCCAAGGGUGAGGCCUGCGAGCGUGCAGCACAGGUGCACAGGAGAGACACGGCCAUGCCCAUGCUGGGAAACGAGCCUUCCUCGACGUGCCUCGACGGCACACAGCGGAACUGCAGGCACCUGAAGGAGCCCCCAGUCAAGCAGUCGUUGUCUCUGGAGGCCUCUCUGCUGUUUUGGAGGGGUUUAAAUCACAUGUACAGGGAGAUGACGAUGCUGACUGCCCAUUCGCUCGCCGCCUUAGGUAUGGACGACCAUUCAUGCAAAUUCAUGAGCAGCCUCUUGAAAUUCCUCGUUGCUCCUGCUUUGAAGAGCGCAUGCAUUCGCGCAUCGCUAUGA